UCUCCUUCAUCCUCGGGAUCCUUCAUCUUCACCAUUCACUGGUCUCUGCUAGUCUUCUACGUUAACUACUAGAGGAAAGUAAUGGCUCUUCAGAAGAAAACCCAGAGUAUCACCACGGCAAAAGACAUGAGAGAGGCUACCCAGGCUAUAAUGAAACCUUAUGCCAACUGGGAGGAGUAUCUGGCACCAGCACCGCAGUCCAUAGCUAUACUCGGAGAGCUGGUCUACAUCUCCUCUAAAACGGAUUUCUCCAUAAACAAAAAAACACCCGAAGGAGGCUACAAGUACAUCAGAUACCCGGACUCCUUCCGUGCCUGCCUCAUGCAAGUGUGCAACUCCGGCUGGUGGGCUUUUAACGAAGCUCAUAAAAGCAUGGAUAAGAUCCGUCUUCACACCCUAACUGUGCCAGACUAUGUGGGAAAUGUGGUAAAGAUCCUGUUUAAAGGAAAUGAUGAGAUGAUGCGAGAUGACUUGCCUGACCAGCUGGAGAACAUUCAAAGUAUCGCAAAAUAGUGCGUGGUGUGUGCCAGCGACUCAGAAAAGAAGUUUAAAGAUGUCAUCUUAUUGACUCAAGAGCUCGUGGAGGUUUGCAUAAGUUCAAAGCAUGGCCAUGAAGAGGAGCUAAAGGAAAUUAAGAGAAAACUAGAGGACGCAAAAGACAAGCAUAAAGGUAUGGAAGAAGCAAAGGAAAAGUACACAAAGGCUCUGAAGAAAGUGGAGACAGAGCUGGAUGAUGCUAAAAAUAGAUAUGAGAAAUCAAUGGAUUCCCUUCCCAAUGGAUGGUCAGUUAUUGGACUGGAUCUUGUCCAAGGUAUAACAGAAAGCCUAACAAGUCUAAUGAAUGGUAUGACAUCCUUAAUAGCCCGUCCAGUUGCUCUGGCAUGCUAUGCAUCAAUGAAAGUUAAGGAUACCUAUCGACAUGUAGCAGACAAAGACGACGCAGAUGAAUUUGACAUAAUAGAAAUCUGCAGCAGGUCCCCACGCAUCUUGAGAAGUGUAGAUGCAAUUGGUAAAUUCAUUCAGGAGGGGCGCAUUGACUGGAAUGAGUUGUAUGAUCAACAAGAGAAAAAAGCCAAAACAGAUCUAGCAUCUGCCCAGCUAGAAAUGGUUAAAAGCGAGCUGAAAAAAUGUCCUAGCUGUAAGCAGAAAUCCCAUGCUGAAGACAUAUGCAAAGCCGGAGUCAACAUCUGUAAGAAACUUCGAAUGCAUGCACCUGCAAAGCAGUGUAGUGCAGAAGAAACCGAAAAGAUCCUGAGUGAAUGGGAGUCACUCAAUAAAAAAGCACUUGCUUUUGAUAGUGAGAGCAAAUGCAUCACAAAUUCUCCUGCUUUGACACAAGCUUCUCCAAUGAUGAACAAAGUCAACAAUGCUGAAGGCUCUGGUAAAACGUCUGCAUCACAAAGGGCCACAGAGCUUGCAUACUUCCGUAUUGAAGAGACAAGAGCACAGUUGAACAAAGCAAGAGAGUGCCAUGAGAAGUGUGUGGAGAAAAUGGAGAACAAUGAGAAAGAGCUGGCUGAAGUUUUGAGCAACAUGAGGAGAUAUAACAUUGAGGAGAUUGAUUUCAACACAACCAUAAAAAUUCUGAUACAAGGUAUGGAUGCCAUGGGUAGAGUGCAAGAGCAGUGGCAAAAGAUGGUACGCUUCUUUGAAAUGAUUUCGCACACUGUGGGUACACAAAGCAACUCUCUUCUUGAUUUUCAAAAGACAACUUUGAAGGCACAGCAACAGUCCUACGAUACCAGACUGCUGAAAAAAGACAUGAUCUAUAAGCAAGCCUUCCAGGCAUCCAACAUCGCAAGUCUCGUCCAUAUGAUCUCAGAAACAUACACGUGUGUGUCUGACAAACACCUGAUGCACCGAAUUGGCAUGCUUAGCACACUCAUAACCAUGGACAACACUAAACCCGACUUUCAGAAGAAGAUUGAGGACCUACGGCUUGGAUGUGAGGAAGCUCAGAAGGCCAUUCUGCGAGAGGUGUGCAAGUGCAAAGAAGACUUUGACAAGAGCACUGCUGCUAGAUUGGAGAGGAUUGAGACAGAACUGCUGCCUCUGCUGCCAGCAGCAGAACCUGAACAAAUCAAGGCCAUCAAAGAAGCUGUUGAUGAAGGUUUUAAGGAGGACACACCAGAGUGUACUGAGGAAGACAUGUCUGCUUAUCUAAAUUGAUGAAACGUAUGUGGAACCCUAAGGAUACAAGCUACAAAGCCCAAGCAGACGAAGAAAAUCAACAAAAUAUUCAUUGGUCAAAUCAGCUUAAAAAACACACAUUUUAUUUCAAUUUUUAAUUGAAUAUCGAGUUGAUGUAUUUGUCACAUACACAUUUGCAGAGCAUGCAGAGUCUAUUAUACAAUAUAGGUGUUGCAUGAUGUUUAUUAUAUAAAUGCAUUCCUCUUAGAAAAUCACGUCAUAUAGGCCUGUCAUAAACCUCUGUUCAGUUUAUAUACAAUGUAAAUGCUUUUGCUUAAGUUGCCUAUACUAUUGCAAAUUUUGAGAACCAAUAAUGGUUGGUUGAUUAUGUGAAUUUCAAAAAGCAUGUUCACUUGUUUUGAUGUUUUAUACAUUUGUGUCACCCGAUUGCUCCUGUUCACUUACAUUUGUUGCACUGGAUAAGAUAUGUGUGUGUACUGCAUGUGACCAUAUUUAAUCUUAUAAUAUCAGAUGCUGAAUG